UGCCUUUAAGUAUAGCUCUCGUUUGUCCUUAUUUGACACAUUUUUCCAUUUAUUUUGUCAAUAUCUCCUUAAGAUGGUACAUCUGUUUUAAGACAGUUCAGAGUCUUAGAAGGUUCGCCUGCUGCAAUCCCAGACAGAAAGAGGCAGCCACUUAGUGGAGGAGUAGUGACCAAGUCACAGGGGGACUGCUAGCUGCAAUAAAUUGGAGGGAGGGAGUCACAUGAGAGUCAAAGGACACCUGUCACGCAGACGGUGCUGCAGACCUGAAUAACAAAGUUAACGGAAAAUACAGGUGGUUCCUCAAUCAUAGAACUGUUUUCAGUUGUGAAGGGAGACCUUUUCCUGGAGAAAACAGUUGUUCUGAAGUUCCAGAGGAGGGAAAAGUGUUCUCAUCCAAACCAUUACUAUAACCUGGGGGACACCAGCAGGCACCCACACACAGGCGAUGGAUUGCGAGUCGUUGUUUAACUGUGGCAAUGAGCAUGGUUCCAAUGCGACAAUACCUGAGGACGAAUGGACAAAGGUAUAUUUAUCCAUUCACUGGAUUCAGUUUGCAAUGGCCCUUUUAAGUAUUAUAGGUUCCAGUUCUAUUAUUGUCUAUGCCAUACUACAGAGUAUUGUCCGGUCCCCUGAGGUUCGCCCACUUUUCUAUUUGAGUUUAACUAACCUUCUUCUUGGAAUCUGUUGGCUUAUUGGCGCAUUAUUGUCUAACAAUACUUUAAAUAACCAGAAUAUUGCUUGCUACAAUCUUCGGGUGCUUGGGCAGAUUUUUUAUAUGUCUUCCUUCUUUUACACUGCAAACUUUACGUGGUGCCUAUAUAUUGAUCUAAAGGAAAAAUACAGCCAGAUGAUAUACAAUAUAUCACCAGCGGCAUUUGAAUUUGUUGGUCGAGUGAGUAGAGCUGUCAUAGUUCUGUCAAGUGUGAUUCCUGUCAUAUUGAUGGUCCCUGUUUUCUUCUUUGGCAAUACAAACGAAUGCUAUGGAAAUAUGAGUGAGCCUUACAGGUGCCACCUAAUAAAUAGUGAUAUAGUGGAAGGAUCUACAUUAGAAACAGGAACUGAUUACGUUUGCCGUGCGAUGACCUUUUAUAGCACUGGAAUCUUCCUGUCUACCUUCUUUUUGGCAUUUACAGGAAUAUUGGUAUUAAUAAUUAAAGCUCGAAUCAUAUUCAAAAAAUGUGUCAAAUCAACAGGAUUUUUAGGUAAUCAGCAGUGGGCUAAGAUCAAUGUGCUUGAAAAUCGAGUGAUUCUGUAUCCAGCUUCCUUCUUCUGUUGCUGGGGUCCAGCAGUCAUUUUCACCAUAAUUAAACUCUUUCAUCCAAGUGGAGUGAAGCCUUUGUAUGCAGUUCUGUGUGUUCUACAAGCGUUUACUGCAGCAUCCCAAGGAUUUCUGAACUGCUUUGUGUAUGGGUGGACACAACAGAUGUUUCGUUGCCUGAAGAAAGCAGCAUAUCGUGAUGUUGACACACAGACUCCUUUGCUACGCUCUCAGAAGAAACUGUACUCCAGUACACGCACAGCCAGUGGUUUCACACAAACUGUAACAUCUCCAGCACUCUGAGAUUUGUUUCCUAGAAAACCAAGCACGUUAGACACCUUGUAUUAUUUACAUGUCCUGAGAAGGUUUCAUUGUGAAAAAUCGAUGGACCCCCAUUUUACAAACACUUACUGUACUUAUUAGUAUUAACUAUUCAACAGCAGACAAGGUCUCCCUUCUGCAAGGUUGUGCUGUAGUUUUUAUUUCCAUUAUGGGAAUGACACACUACUAUAUUCUGUGAAUGUCAUGUUUUUGGAUACAUUUAGUUAGUUAUUACAAUGGAAGCAGUGUUAGAACAGUUUUGUUUUAUGAUGAAUGUCAGAAGAUGAGUUAUAUAUUUUCUAAAAUGCUCACAGCUCAGAAGUUAGAUUUCUCAGGAAAGGAAAGCAGUGAACUCAAACAAUGAAUUUCUGGUCAUGUGGAAAUUUGUCAGCAACUCAGUUGCCAAUUCAUACUGAUAAAUAUUUUUUUUUUGUUUCAUCAAGCUACUGACAACAAAGGUUCACUGCUGUUGUAAUGUUUUUUAAUAUCACUGAAUUAUUUAAUUAUGCUUAUUUAAAUUUAGCCUUGAAUUACCUACUUGUUAAAAUGUUUAAGCAUAUCAGAAAGCAUACGUGUAACAAACAAUACAGGGAAACUUGUUGCAAUACUAUAUUUCUAGUAGUUCAAACUUGAAUAGAUAACCCCUUUCUGACAGUCUGUCUGCUUUCUUUAUACAUUGUGAGAGUCCUGGCUGCAGGUGUUGAUUUCAGCCUUCUUGCUCACGUAUCAAGUUAGCAGGUGCACAUUAACAAAAGUCUGCUAUAUGGGAUACUUUCUUUGCUUCCCUCAUGCUGCCUUCUCUGUCAAAACUUCAGAGAUUUACCCAUCUGGUCCUUUGGCACAGAGGGAUGAAACUCUUACAGUGCAAAGAUGACCCAUGUUUGAGUAUGGGCAUGGGCAUUUGAGAGUCUGGACAGGGAGGAGGAUGGGAGUGAAUGGCUGAUGUGGCUUGCACAUCCUGGAAGGAGAGAGGUGGCCUAGGCUCACUGCAGUAGUAGCAUUAAGAGCUGGAUGGUCUCAAAGCUGCAAGCGGUAUACCACUUGGUUGGGAGGUUACACAUCAGUGGAAGUGUGCAUGCACCUCCCACAGGAAGCAGUUGUGGAGCUUGCAAGGCUACUGUGUGGUGGGACAGGCGGAGGGGACUUUCCCCAGCAGCAGCAUGAUGCUGCACCAGUAUCCUCAAUGUCCUCACUCACACUGGACAUGUCAGGCUGAGCCCAGGACAGGCUAAGGCAGAUCCAGUAGACCUGGUGAAUGAAGAGAGGAGCUAGUAACAGCUGACAGGCAGCUGUAGGGAGAUGGACCAAAAUAAAAAAAAAUAAGACUUAAGAGGUUGACCAAUAACCAAAAUGAGGGUGUGAAGUAGGAGACAUACAAAACAAGUACUAGAAUGAGGGCUUUUUGAUCACGACUACACAAUAGCAUAAACUAGAAAUGAACACAAAUGUAAUUAUACAGUCCUUCACUAGAGCUUGUAGUAUUAUACAAGCAGUAAUGCCCGACAGGGUGGUCAGUGGAAGGAAGUAUCAGACUCUCUGUGGUAUCAUGACAUCCAGCACCACAGAUGAAGUGCCUCCCCACCCAUGGAAGGUCUGUUAUUUCCCUGUAACAACCAAACUUAGAAGGCAUUAUUCUUCCUAGAAGGGCCAUCUGUUAAUCUGUUAAGUUGCUUUGCACUUGUUUUAUUAUUAAUAAAUACGUUUUAAAAUGUUUGAUAUAAAUAGUUUAUACACCCAAUAUCCAAAAACUGGUGUAAGAUGUAUACCUUUUCCAGAGGAAAUAUUAAAGCAAAAAUUUAAACACUA